UGUUCACAUCAAAAACAGUCUACCAACAAUAAUAUGAAACUAUCAUGCUUACUGUUAAUUUUCAACAUAAAUUGUGUACGUGUUCACUCAAAAAUAAUUCUCAAAGCCAACAGUGAUGUCAGCUUUGAUAACAAGUAUGAAAUUACAGGAAAUAUAGGAAAUUAUAUUGAAAUAGAAAAUCUUUUUUGGUGCUUUCAGAAAUGUAUAGAGAAUACUAAAUGUGUGUCAUUUUUCUUCAAUAAGAACCAACAGAAAUGCAUCCUACAUCCAAAUUCACACUGGAACAAGACACCAAAUAAAUCUGAAUUUGGCUGGAAAUUUUACAACACACAAGAUGCUUCAGGAACAUGUCCAUCAUCAAAUGGUCUAACGUACAACAGAUAUUUAGAUUUAUGUUACAAAAUACAUGAUACAGUCCAAAUGAAUUACAAUGGUAUAGUCAAACCAACGUGUUUCUCUGACGGACUGGAACUAGUAAGGAUUGAUUCUGCAGAGAAGAACAGCUACAUACUGGAAGAAACUGACUUUGUAGCACAAUAUGGUUCGGGGCUAAACAUAUGUAUUCAGGGAACCAAUAGUAUCAGUGGAAAUCUGGCUUGGACAUAUGAUGAUGGAUCCCCUAUGACCUACUUUAACUGGGAUCCGACUUACAUUAUUCCACAACCAGACAACAAAGUAUCAGAGAGUAUGAUAGCAAUAAGUAGACCAGCUGGAACCUGGCAUGAUUUCAAUCAAAAUACAAAUCACUUAUGCUUGUUUUUAUGUGAAAAGAGAUGAUAAUACUUAAAUAAUUAAUGAUCACAAUGGCUUUUUGUUCAAUUUUCUAGAAAUACAUUUGCUUUUGGGAAAUGGUGUGCGUUAAAGAUGGAUGCAAGGUUGGUUGGAUAUAUUCUGCAUUGACUAGGCCAUGUACCUUAAAUGCUUUAUUUGAAAUAGGAAUAUAUAGAGGGAGUUAAAAUUUCCCAUGGUAAAAACAGAGAAAGGGGUCAAAAUACCAUGGCUAAGUAAAAUUUUGGAGGUAUUACUACUAUGUAAAGGAGUAAGAAUAGCUUUUUUUUUUUAAAUUAUAGAUCUAUAUAUCUAUAUAUCAUGACUAGAGGUCAACAUAGCACAUCUAAGUAAAACAUCUUUUUCAGCAUGUUAAAUACAUACAAACUACUUACUGGAGUAUUAUUUCUAUGAACAGUAGUUAGAAUUGCUAGAACUUUUGAAAUAAGGGGUCUCUAAAGGGUUCAAUAUACCAUGGCAGCAAGCUAGGUGUGGAAAGGGGGGUGUCAAAAUACCAUGCAUAUGGCUAAGUAAACUUUUCAAAACAUCUUUUCCAGCAUAUCAAAUACAUAAAAACUACUUAUUGGAUUAUUAUUACUAUAUAAAGGAGUGAGAAUUGCUAGAAUCUUUGAAAUUAGAGGUCAUUAGUAUGGGGUUCAUUAUACCAAGGCAGGGGUAUAUACAAACUGGGGAAGGGUGAGGUUCUAUCGAGCCCUUCCCAAGUUUUGCGCCUAGUACAAAAAGUUGAUAUUUUUCUGACAUUGACCUAAUAUUGUUUUUAUACUGGAACUUAAAUAAAUAAAUAAGUUCAUAGCUAUAUAAAUUGUAACACAAAUUUCAAACUUAUGAUUUAAGCAUAGGUAUUUCUGUUCAUAGAAAUAAAGAUGUUUAACUUAUUUGCAUCGAUCCCUAAAUGUACCCCUGAUUGUGGGAAAAGUGUUCCAUGAUGAAACUGACAUUGCACAAAAUAAAGCUGUUACUAUAUUUAGGAAAUAAACACAACUAGUU